UGAAAUGAAUUGACCAGCACGUGUUAGAUCAUUCACUUUACUAAAUAUACAACUGAUGUUCAUUUUUCUAUCGCUUGUCGAAACCAUCAAGAAAUUCAGAAGAAGAAAAUGUCCAUUGAAAUUGCGUUGACAACAGACAGCAGUUUCGAAAGCGCAUGCGUUUUGUGCUGGGAAACGUCAAGUUGGAUGCAAUUAAGGGCUUAUAAGCAAGGAGUUUGCCCAAGAAAUUGCUUGACUAUGUUAUUCAAUAGUUUUAUAGUUGCUUCGCAAGUAAAUAAGCCUUUCUUGCACGUCUGGGAUGUUAGUAAGGAGCAAAUGCAUCGCAAGAUGACCUCUCCAGCAAAUAUAACCGCUUUGGCAUUUUCUCCUAGUGGUGCAUAUUGUGCUGCAGCCAGCUCUGAAACAAUCUAUAUCUGGCAGGUUACUACAGGAAAUCUGUUAGGCAUGCUCUCAAGACAUUUUCAGCCAAUCACCUGCUUGAAGUUCACAGAUGAUGGCUCUUAUCUUAUUUCGGGUGCUGAUGAUAAUCUAGUCUCAAUAUGGUCUUUAGUUAGCAUAUUACCAACUGGUGUUUUGGAAGUGGAAAAUAUCACCCCUAAAUAUACUUGGUCUGAACAUUCUUUACCAAUUACAUCCAUUCAUGUGGGUAGAGGAGGAAAACAUGCGAAUGUGGUAACUUCAUCUCUUGAUCACACUUGCAAGCUUUGGAGUCUUUCCAGUGGUAAACUUCUUCGUUCAUUCACUUUUGAUGUUGCCAUCUUGUCUGUGAUCAUGGAUGCUGCAGAAUAUAGACUGUUUGCAGGAGGAUUUAAUGGCAAAAUCUAUGCCACCAAUUUAUUUUCCCAAGCAUUCGUUAGAGCUGGUCUAAGUGAACAUAAUGAAACACAAUGUUUCGUUGGCCACAGCAUGCAAGUUACAAGUAUUUCCGUGUCAAUGGAUGGCCUAACACUGCUGUCAGGGUCAAAGGAUUGUACUGCUAGAGUUUGGGAUGUACCCAGUCGACAAUGUCUACGUGUCUUACAACACAGAGGCAGCGUGGAGAAUGUGCAAAUCCGUCCUCGACAUCGAAAUUUUGACGUAAAAUUGACGAAAACGAGCCUCCCAAUUUUGGGUUCAUUCAAGCGUUGUUUACACGACUCAAGUUCUGUACAGGACAAUGUUCCUGUUAGAUUAAACUCUUUUAAGGCUUUGAAAAGAUUGGAAAACAAUGAACGGGACCUGUGUGACAACAUGAUAAAAGAGCACUGUGAUGAUCAUGAUCACGAAGGCGGAAAGAAAAACUUGAGUAAAACUCAACUAAAAGAGCAAUUGGAGACUGCGCAAAAACUAAACAAAAGUUUGUACAAAUUUGCAACUGAAGAAUUACUUUCCGACGUUCGAUUGCAGACAAAUGUCCAUCAAUUAUGAGACGGCGUUCUUAUUCACAUUGCAUUGGACUUAGUUUUUAAAUAAAAGUACCCCCCCCCUUCUUACCCAAAAA